AUGCUGCCUCAGAACCGGCGCCUACGCCAUCUCCAAGGCAUUUACCUUCGGAACCUGAGUUUCACCCGACCCCACGGCAGGGCUACCGACGACCUCGAGGCCGAUCUCCCUUCCACCAAGCUUCAGGCCCUUCACGAUGGACCCCCCCAGCUUCACCAUUCCCAUUCCUCCGAGAGCUUGCUGCCCUCACGAGCCAAUUCCCGACGACGCAGCACGACUCUCGCUAAUAUCAGCCCUAUCACGCGUCAGAAGCAGUUAGAAUACACCGUCGAGAGUAGAGCUGCCGACGUGUUUUUCUCCCUGCACUGUCACGAUGGCGAGGAACCUGUUUAUAUCAGCGAAGUAGGCGAGCGUGCGAUGAAUUUUAAUUUUCGUUUUUUCGACCUAUUACAAGCUGGACCGACCGUUACGAGGAGACACCAAUUCAUAAUUAAGAUAUGGGCUAAGAAGCAGCAAUCAUGGGUUUUGCUACUGACUGAAAACGUCGACCUGCGUUCCCUAAACUACCUUGGGACCCUGCGAAACCACCACUUCCCUCCAAACUGUCUCGUCUUCCAACUCCUCGAUGGUCUUUACUCUUUCGAGCUCUCGAGCCAAACCCCCGAGCCAAAACAGGCCCCUACCUUGCCCACAUCGUCAUACAAUGCGCUCAUGAAACUCUCCAACCUCGAUAAUUCCAUCCAAGACGCCCUAGCUACACGCGAAGCCCUCACCGCGCAGAUAAACUCGCUUCUCGACCGUUCGCCUCCAGACGCCGUUCCCCAAGCCCAAGACGCAGCCCAACUCGCCUCGAAAUACGUGGCCUCGCAGACCCGCACUCUCCGUGCAGCUCAAGCCCGGAAAGCAGAUCUCCAAGCUUCGAUUGAAGCCCGUCGUGCCGCUAUUCGCGAAGGCCGCGCCGCGCAGGCUAGAGCUGCCGAGGACGUCAAGCAUGCACAGGCUAAACUCCCCGCCUCUCUCGCUCUCCUAUCUUCUACGCGAGAGAGCAUCCACGGCCAACGCCGGCGUAUAUGCGAGGACCUAGCCCGGAUCUUCCCCAUCGUCCCCGUCCCCUCCGGUGCGCCCCUUUCCUUCAGCAUAUGUGGCGCCGCGCUGCCUAACACAGACUACGACCCAACCUCAUCCUCCUCGAUGGAAGACUCCCUAUCCGCGGCGCUAGGGUACGUAGCGCACCUAACACACCUGUUGCAAUUCUACCUAUCCGUCCCAUUACCGUACAAAAUAUCCCCCUUCGGCUCCCGCAGCAGCAUCCGCGAUGACAUCUCGUUACUCCCCGACUCCCAGCGCGAGUUUCCGUUAUUCCUGCGCGGCGGCGCAACCGCCCAAUACCGCUUCGACUACGCGUGGUUUCUACUCAACAAAGACGUCGAGGCCCUAUGCGUGGCGGCUGGGUUAAAAGUCGUGGAUAUACGACACACGCUGCCGAACCUAAAGUACCUACUCUACGUGUGCAGCGCGGGCCGCGACGAGGUGCCUGAGCGGAAACGCGGCGGGGUACGGGGACUAUGGGCGGGACGGAUGAAGACAAAGGGGGGAAGACUGACGGCAGAUGACGGUGCUAGUGUCAGCACAGCUGGUAGUCGCCCCGGAAGCGCGGAUAGCGAGGCAUUAGGGGGCGCGAAGCAAAGGGAGCAGUUGAUGGGGAGAGUGACUAGUAGGGAGGAAAGUAGUAGUAGCGUGGAUGGAAAUGGGAUACCCUCGGGAAGUAGCGCUAUUGGAUUGCCGUUUGAUGAGAGUGCGAAGCUGAGUUUGCGGACGAAGGGGAUGAGGGAGAAUAUUGGUGCGCAUGCUUAA